AUGUCGAAAAGAAAAAUGGAAAACUUAUUUGUUAGAGAGUCAAAUAGCAGUGAACAAGAAAGCUUUUACGAGGCUUACAUAAAUUCAGAUAGCAGCGAUGAGGAAGAAAUCAGAUUUCCUAGAAAUAGAAAUGUAAGUAGAAUUACAUCAUCUGAUUUCGAUUCGAAUAUUGAUCAGUGCAAUCGUAGUGGUACUGAAUAUAAUGAAGAUUCCAUUGACGAGAUUUUGCAAGAAUUGGUCAUUGAUGAAGAAAGAAGAAUUGAUGAUACCGAGGAAAAUACAAUUGAAUUUGGUGAAUGGAAUGAAUUUAGUGGUCGGCAGAAGUCAUUUUCUUUUUCCGGAAUGGGCGCCCUCAUUAGGCAAUUAUCAGGUGAUGUUAAUCCAUAUGAUGUGUUUGAGCUGUUCAUUGAUGACGAAAUAAUAGGCUUACUUGUAUCAGAAACAAAUAGAUACGUGGAACAAAAGUUAAAUAAAUCUGACCUAACAUCGUGUUCACGGAUGCGUAAGUGGAAAUCCACUAAUCCCGAAGAAAUAAAAAAAUUUUUGGAACUGAUUUUAUAUAUGGGAGUUAUAAAAGUAAACCCCAUUGCCAAUUAUUGGUCGAAAAGCCCACUGUAUAAUUUUCAAUUACCGGGUACUAUAAUGUCACGAAAUAGAUUCGAGUUACUAUUGAGUAAUUUUCAUUUUGCCAAUAAUGUGUCCAUUGCCCAUAACGAUCGAUUUGGAAAAAUACGCCCACUAUUCGACAAACUGCGCGGAAGACUCAUCUUCAAACAAUAUAUACCAAAUAAAGCGCACAAAUACGGAAUCAAAUUAUUUCAAUUAUGCUCAAGCACGGGAUAUACAUGGGCGAUGAAAAUUUACUCUGGUAAAUCAGUUGAUGGUGUUAGAGAAACGGGAUUGGCACACAAUGUAUAUCUUCAGCAAAGGCGAUCUUCAGUAUGA